CUGACACACAUGUCUAACAGGAUGUGGGCGGGCAGGCUCUUACCUUGUAGAGCGGUGAGCAAAUCCCGUCAAUAUAAUCGACCUGCAUGUGAGCCUGGAUUGGGAUCCUUGAGACCCCCUGCAGUCCGACGUGUCUCCAUAAAGGCCCUCGGCAGGCAAUGAGGGAAGGGACUCUGUAUGCAAGCAUGGCAUGUUUUGUCUCUACCGUCUUCUCUCCAAGGGACAGAGAAGAUGCUGAUAUCACUAGGAAAGCACAAAACACUGAAGCGCGAUUCGUGUUCAAGGCAGUUUAAGAGGAUUAAGCUUUGCUGUCACCAGCAACAUUAGCAUCCCAUCUCAGUGGCGGUGGAGGCUAAUCUGUUACAUAAAAUUAAUCUCCAUGAUAACACCAGCAUUUGUAAUUCAUUCAGAGAACUGGAUUAGUGUCCCCAAGAACUAAAAAUGACUCUGCACUCUUGUCUUUAACCCACUACGCCUGCCAAAAGAUCUAUUAGCAAAUGGGCAUAGAUAGACCUUACAAGACCCAAACUGAGAUAAGAAAACAGUGUGAUUAAUGAAUGGAACUAAAAGAAGAAGCGUGGAUAGAAUUUAAGGCUCAUUCCUCUUGUCACCUGCAGUGGGAGGGGCCACCGGAGGUAGCAGAGCUGUGGUUGGCCGAGCAGGGAGGAGGUUUCUAUGACAUUGUGAUGCUGUGCAGAUGCUCGGCAGCAGCCGUAGUCGAGAAAGACAGGCUAGCGGCAUCCUCUCUCUCUCUCUCUCUCUCUCUCUCUCUCUCUCUCUCUCCCCCCUCUAUUUCAUCUCUCUCUUUUUCUCUCUCCUUUCCCCUCACACACAAGCACGCAUACACACACAUACUCCGUCACACUGCAGCAGAAGGGAGAGGACACACUGUGAAGCUGUGAGGUUGAAUCAGGCCUCUCCUCUUCCCAUCUUGCUCCUUAUCUCUCCUGUGGAAGACAACCUGUCUCACUCCUCAGCUACCCUUUGCUCUCCUUCAAGGACUACCGCACCCAAGGAGCAUCAGCCGUCUCGGACUUUCUGCAGCACAACGGAUCUACGGAUAACUCGCAUACACCUAUAUCCGAGGGCCUUCCUCUUUUUUUCCUCUGCGUUUCUUGUUGCCAGGCAGUGUUGGCUGAGCAUCAGGCCGUGAGGACGCGUGCCGGAGCGCGUGCCCAUGCAUGAGUGCAUGCAUGACACGGUCCUUCUCUCCAACUGACUGAGCACACGCUCCAACGCGGGAGACUGUGGUUUCACACCCCAGCUGUCAUUCUUUCUUCCUUUUCCCUCUCCGUCCUUCGGAUCCUCAUCCCUCGCAGCUUCUCUUCCUCCUGACAAAGGCGGACAGUAUCCCAGGAUGCCGUGCGGCAGGCCACCCUGCUAGGCCGCAGCAGCAUGGGCAAAGCACCGGGGGGGUGGGAUAGCACGGAUUGGACGGCUCUGCUCCAGACGGGCGCGCUUACGCACUCCGCCGCUUCAGAUGGGUGAGGACGGCGAGAGCCCCAAAAUCAAUCACAGCUUCCUCCGAGACUAUGUCACAGAAGCUGAUGUCAUUUCUACUGUGGAGUUUAACCAGACGGGGGAUCUGUUGGCUACGGGGGAUAAGGGGGGGAGAGUGGUCAUCUUUCAGAGAGAGACAGAGCCUAAAGGCGAAUCUGAGGAGCUGUGCGAAUCGGGCGAGUAUAACGUCUACAGUACGUUCCAGAGUCACGAACCAGACUUCGACUAUCUGAAGAGUUUGGAAAUCGAAGAGAAGAUCAACAAGAUCCGAUGGCUGCCACAGCAAAACGCUGCCCAUUUUCUCCUCUCAACCAAUGAUAAAACGAUAAAGCUAUGGAAGGUGAGCGAGAGGGACAAAAGGCCAGAAGGAUACAAUCUGAAGGAUGAAGAAGGACGAAUAAAGGACAUCUCCACCGUGACCUCAUUACGGGUACCGGUCCUAAAGCCCACUGACUUGAUGGUCGAAGUGCGGCCCAGGAGAAUCUUUGCCAAUGGCCACACCUACCAUGUCAACUCCAUCUCAGUCAACAGCGAUGGCGAGACAUAUCUGUCAGCUGAUGAUCUCAGGAUCAACAUGUGGCAUUUGGACAUCACGGACCGCAGCUUCAACAUUGUGGACAUUAAGCCAGCCAAUAUGGAGGACCUGACAGAGGUGAUAACAGCAGCAGAGUUCCACCCGCAUCACUGCCAUAUGUUUGUGUACAGCAGCAGUAAAGGCACGCUACGCCUCUGUGACAUGAGAGAGUCCGCUCUCUGUGACAAGCACUCGAAAAUCUUUGAGGAGCCAGAGGACCCAGGCAAUCGCUCUUUCUUCUCUGAGAUCAUCUCGUCGGUUUCUGACGUUAAGUUCAGCCACAGUGGACGAUAUCUGCUUACUAGAGACUACUUGACUGUCAAGGUAUGGGACCUCAACAUGGAGAAGGGCCCAGUGGAGACCUACCAGGUUCACGAGUACUUGAGGAGUAAACUGUGUUCGCUGUAUGAAAACGACUGCAUUUUUGACAAGUUUGAGUGCGUAUGGAACAGCACAGACAGUGUAAUCAUGACAGGAGCAUAUAACAGUUUUUUCCGGAUGUUUGAUCGUGAGACGGGUCGCGGCGUGACCCUCGAGGCAUGGCGCGAGAGCAGCAAACCGCGAGCCGUGCUGCGGACCCGCCGCGUUUACACCGGGGGCCGGCGUCGCCGUGGCGAUGUGGGCGUGGACAGUCUGGACUUCUCUAAAAAGAUUCUGCACAUGGCCUGGCACCCGGCGGAAAACAUCAUCGCCAUUGCAGCCACUAACAACCUCUAUAUCUUUCAGGACAGGGUCAAUCCUGAAAACCAGUGACCAGAGACAUCAAAGGGGUUGCCACAGGGCCACACACAUGCAUUGGAAACCACAUUUAUGCACUCGAUUUGAUCAUCAAUUACAAAACGUACACAUCAUUGGCCCUGUGGAGAUGGACAUAAGUGCCAGACCCCUGAAAUAUACAGAUUUACGUUGCAGUCAAGCUUUUCCGUCAGAAAAACUGCACACUUGGAGAAGCAUUUAUGUAUAAAGUUUAACAACUUUCUGGUUAAUUACACCGCUAAGAAUGUUGCAAUGAGCUCCGCUAUGUGAAAUUUACAGUGUGAUUGACUGUACUCUCAGCCAAUCCUGGACUCCUUUGAUAGGUGAUGGAUGGGGUCGUCAGCCAAUCCCAGAAUGUGCUGAUAUGUGACUGACAGCCAGCAGGGAUGAGGGUUGGCGCUACUGUGCCGAGGACCAGGAAUGAGACAGCUCCAGUUCUCCUUGCCAGGUUGCCAUGGAUACAGGUUACACAGUUGUCAUGGUAACAAGAGUGCUCAGAGCAGUCUUCCUAUCACGUGCUUCCCAAAAACCUGUCCCACAAUGCAUCCGCUACACAAGCUCACUUUUUUUUCACGUUGACCGUUUGUGGAGACGUGGAUGCAUAUUAGACCGAAUCACUAUAUUAAAUCCUUGCAGGGGCUUUAAAUUCCAGUGCUUGUUAUACAGAUGAGAUGGACUGCUCCUUCUUCAGAACACGUCCUAACUGGGUUACACCUCACAAUGGAUUACAUUUACACCUGUGUGGUAUGGUAAAAUUGACCAGUCAAAAUCGUAGCCUUUCACAAAGAAGUAAAACGUUUUUCAAACUCUCACAUUUAUACAUUGUAAAAAAAUGUGCCCUAAAAUGUUAAAGUACAAUCAGCUUACUACUUUAAAUCUAUAACUUAAACUGUUUGAAACAAGUUAAGCAAUUUCAACUUUUAUUAUAAUUUAUAAGCUACAGCAAUCCACCACUGGUUAGAAUUUACAUUACAUUUAUUCAUUUGGCAGACGCUUUUAUCCAAAGCGACUUACAAGUAGAAAUUUAAAACAAAGCUGAAAUGAGUUGUAAUGCCAAUACCUAAAAUAUUAAGGCAGCAAAAAAAAUUCACAGUGUACAGUUAAGCACCCACAUGGAAAAAAUAGUGGUAUGUACUGUAUGUACUAUAGUGUUUUUGUACCUUACAUAAAUAUGAAAGAAUACUACAGUAUUAACCACAGUUGAUCAGUUCACUUUAGUUAAUACUGAAGUGUACAGUAGUAUAGAGGAUGUCAAGCUGAUGUCACGGCCUAUGUUGCAUGUUGCAGUGGCGCCGCCAUCUUGGGAGGAUCAUACUCCACUGCUAUUAUUGUACUGAUAUGUACCGUUACUUGUUUUGUUUGAUAUAUGGAGAAAUCAAAAGUGAAAGAACAAGGGGUUUUUCUUGAACGACUCUGCGUAACGCAAUUGCAGUUUUUAACACAGCAAGACCAACCUACCAUAGUUAUCUUUCCUAAUGAAACAAGAAAAACAAAACACUGCAUUAAACGUACUAGCAGCGAUCCUCCCAAGAUGGCGCAACAUUCAACAUGGCGUGACGUAGCUUCACAUUUUCUAUAGCAACUAAUAUACUACAAGUAUACUGCGGUUUACUAUAGUAGAUACUAAGGUAAACUAAUGUAUUUUAUUUAUUUGGCCUCAGACUUUUUUAUGAUUAUACUCAGAAUUCGGUUAAGUAAGGAAAACAACAAAUUAGCCAUACAAAUAAAAGCUGGAUAGCAAAAAAAUACAAUAGUUUUCGUACAUUGCCUAAAUGCAGCAUCAAGCAAAGGCAAACGUUUUCAGUUUAGCCCAAUUUACAGGAAAAUUUGUCUACCAUGAUUCAAUAGGCAACCAAAAUUGUUAAAUAUAAUGAGGUUUACAAAUAUAAAGUGAGUAGUAACUGGGAGGUCAUGUGAUUUUAAAAAAGACAACCCACCUUAUAUAGAAUAAUACAUCUUGGAUGCUUCAUCUCAUGUGAGUGGAUGAAACAUUUCGGUCAAAAUAACUCAUUCGUUACCACACAGGUGUAUGUGUAACUCCAUAUUCACUGUAGAAAGAACCUAGUGAGUCUUUUUAAAGGUGCCAUUCACCUUCUGGGUGACUGUUUGUUUGGUGUUGGUGUGGUGAUGAAGUGUUGGGUGUCAGUUUAGUUUAUGACACAAAGGUCAGUGGUUGUUUUUAUUAUAUGAUAAAGGCUUGAAUGAAUGUAUAUGUCAAACCCAUGCUUUUAAUUCAUUCAUUUUGAAAGUGUUAUGAUGUUAAUGGGGUGCUUUCCUAUCGACAAGCUCUUUUUUGUGUCUCUUACGUGUUUUUCUGUCCCAAUUUUGUAUGCUAUUUCCUCUACACGGACCGAGGCUGUGCCUCCUACAAUUAGUCUCUCACUUUUUCAUUUGCAGUUUUUGUUAAAUGUGUAAUUGCAGGCAUAAAUUAACAUUCUGUCAUUUACUCAUCCUUGUGACAUUUCAGUCUUGUUUGACUUUCUUCUGUGGGACACAAAAGGAGAUUGGCCUUGGUCACCAUUCACUUUUAUUGUAUAUCAAACAGCUUGGAUAGCUCCUUUUGUGUUCCUUGCAGGAAAUCAGGUUUGGAAUGACAUGAAGUAAAUUAUAGUUUCCUGUUUUUUAUUUUAAUAACCGCAGUGCUGACAUCGACUACUAAAUUUUUUGUUUUUAGUCUGAGACUAUGCUUCUCGGCUGUUUUUGAUUCUGUUCCUCUCUCACUCGGUUACUCUUACCAAAUAACAUUGCACCGUGACAUCCUGUUACCAUGGUGAUGGGCCUUCUGCCAUUAUGCAUUCUCUCAUGCUCUUCAGACAUGCAGUGAAACGGAUUCACAAUGCAACCAGGGAAUAAUGGCUUGAGUUUUACCCGGUCCAUACUCUCUCAAGACACACAUGGCUUGAGUUUUUCAAGACCACUCCUUCUCUGACACACACAGGCCUAUUCAUGCAAGCAUACACGCAGAAAAGCAUGUUUAUCAUUAUCCAGUGUUACUAAUGUGUAUAUCUAUGAUGCCUAAACAUAUUCUAUUGACACUUAAUGGAAAAAUAAAAGGGGCAAAUGGAGGAAUGUGAU